GCAAUGGCCUCAUCAUUGCAGCAGUAGCCUAUGACCACCACCUCCAAACCCCCAUGUACUUCUUCCUCCUCAGCCUCUCCCUCCUUGACCUGGCCUUCAUCUCCACCACUGUCCCCAAAACCAUGGCAAACAUCCUGUGUGGCUCCAGGGCCAUUUCCUACCAAGGCUGUGCUGCCCAGCUGCACUACGGGACCCUCCUGGGCAGCAAAGCUUGUGCCCACAUGGCAGCAGCUGCCUGGGCCAGUGGCUUUCUCCAUGCUGUGGUGCACACGGCCAAUAUAUUUUCAGUCCCCCUCUGCAAGAGCAAUGCUGUGGGCCAGUUCUUCUGUGAAAUCCCCAAGAUCCUCAAACUCGCUUGCUCAGAUGCUUACCUCAGGAAACUUGGGCUUAUUGUGGUCAGUGCCUGUUUAUGCUUUGGGUGUUUUGUUUUCAUUGUGCUGUCCUAUGUGCAGAUCUUCAGGGCUGUGCUGAGGAUCCCCUCUAAGCAGGGAAGGCACAAAGCCUUUUCCACGUGCCUCCCUCACCUGGCUGUAGUCUCUCUAUUCCUCAGCAGUGUUGUGUUUGCCCACCUGAAGCCCCCCUCCAUCUCCUCCUCAGCCCUGGAUCUGGGUGGUGGCAACCUAUACUCGGUGGUUCCUCCAGUAGUGAACCCCCUCAUCUACAGCUUGAGGAACAAGGAGAUAAAGGAGGCCCUGCAGAAACUAUUUGGACACAGAGUACUACAACAACAAUAA